CCGUUGCCGGGGAUCGAACCCGGGUCACCCGCGUGACAGGCGGGAAUACUCACCACUAUACUACAACGACAUUGACGGUUGAGAUUCAAUUUCCAGUUUGCUUGUCGAAAUCAAAAUGCAUAUAUAAUUUAAAUAUUCAAGGUCAGAUUAAAGAACAAGAAAAAUGGAGAGUGAAAUGAGGAAGUUAGUCAAGGGAAACCUCUCCAUCUUUGCCUCUCUUUUAUACUGCUAUUUGAUAUCAUCCAAGUUCCCAAAAGGCAAAUUCAGGCUUGUUUCUCUUCUCCCAGUCAUCACCUUUUUCACUCAAUUCCCUUUCAUCUUCUCUUAUCUUUUCCCAAGAGCCAUCACUUCUUUAUUCAUUUCUUGGUUAGCCAAUUUCAAGCUUGUUCUUUUUGCCUUUGAUCAACCUCCACUUUCAUCUUCUGAUUAUAACUCCUUACUGCACUUCAUUUCCGUUGUUAUUCUUCCCAUCAAAAUCAACAAAAUUAAAAACUACCCCUCCCCUCAAAAACCCAAACCUCUACAUCUAAUUUUUCCUGCUAAAGUUUUGAUUUUUACCAUUUUAGUUACUGCUCAUGAUCACAGCAAAGAUCAUCUCCAUCAGAUUUUGCUUCUUUUACUGUACUGUGUUAUGGUGUAUUUACUUGUAGACAUAGUUUUUGGUGUUUGUAAUGCCUUGGUCUAUGCCAUUCUACGCAUGGAGCUAGAAUCACCGUCGGAUGAUCCUUACUUCUCAACCUCGUUGCAAGAUUUCUGGGGUAGAAGAUGGAACCUCAUGGUAACAAAUUUACUGCGUUACACUGUACACAAACCCGUGAAGUCACGUUCCGAAAAAGGAUUAGGCGAGUGGGCCCCGUUGCCGGCUAUAUUGGCUACUUUCUCUGUUUCUGGUUUAAUGCACGAGCUCCUAUUCUAUCAUAUUACACGUGCGAAUCCCACGUGGGAGGUCACGUGCUUCUUUGUAUUAAACGGGCUGUGUUUGGUUGUGGAGAUGGUUGUCAAGAGGCGGUUGAGUCGUCGUGGAUGGCAAUUGCAUUGGAUGUUGUCGGGGCCGUUGACGGUUGGGUUUGUUGUGGUUACUGCCAUGUGGUUGUUUUUUCCACCGUUGAUUAGGACCGGCGCCAUUGACGGUGCUAUUGGAGAGUGUAAAAUGAUGUUUAAUUAUUUGAAGUGGAUGACAAAAUUAUAAAUUUGUACUAAGGUGCAAGUGAACUAUUCAAUUAAAUUUUGGCAGGCUCUUGAGCAUUAAAAAGAAAAGUGAAAUGUCAAUUAGCAGUCUUAUUUUUCACAUAACAUGAAAUCUUUUUUAUUUA